GGUGGCGACGGCAGGUGAGUUCCGGGCCGCCGCCGGCUGCUUCGGGGGCUGGGCCUCUCCGAGCAGGGAAGACCCCCAGUCCCUCUCUGGGCCGUGGGGCCUGGCGCUGCUAGAUGCGCGGAACGCCCAGCCAGGUGAGCCCAGGAGAGAAUGGGUGACCCCAGGGACUUCUGCCCUCAUCUGGACUCCAUAGGGGAAGUGACCAAAGAGGACUUGCUGCUCAAAUCUAAGGGAAGCUGCCAGUCCUGUGGUGUUGCUGGACCCAACCUGUGGGCCUGUCUCCAGGUUGCCUGCCCCUAUGUUGGCUGUGGAGAGUCCUUUGCUGACCACAGCACCAUUCACGCGCAGGACUCUCCGCUACCCUCUCAUCCUCCGAAAGCCGUUCCCAUUGCUGUGGCUGACGAAGGAGAGUCUGAGUCAGAGGACGAUGACCUGAAACCUCGAGGCCUCACAGGCAUGAAGAACCUCGGGAACUCCUGCUACAUGAACGCAGCCCUGCAGGCCUUGUCCAACUGCCCUCCGCUGACCCAGUUCUUCCUGGAGUGUGGCGGCCUGGUGCGCACCGACAAGAAGCCAGCCCUGUGCAAGAGUUACCAGAAGCUGGUCUCUGAGGUCUGGCACAAAAAACGACCAAGCUAUGUGGUCCCUACCAGCCUGUCCCAUGGGAUCAAGUUGGUCAACCCGAUGUUCCGAGGCUAUGCCCAGCAGGACACCCAGGAGUUCCUGCGCUGCCUGAUGGACCAGCUGCACGAGGAGCUCAAGGAGCCGGCUGUGGCGGCCACAGUGGGGCUCACAGACACCCGGGACUCGGACUCCAGUGACACAGAUGAGAAACGAGAGGGCGACAGGAGCCCGUCGGAAGACGAGUUCCUGUCCUGCGACUCUAGCAGUGAUCGGGGUGAAGGUGACGGGCAGGGGCGCAGCGGGGGCGGCUCGCAGGCUGAGGCGGAGCUGUUGAUCCCCGAUGAGGCGGGCCGCGCCAUCUCCGAGAAGGAGCGCAUGAAGGACCGCAAGUUCUCCUGGGGCCAGCAGCGCGCCAACUCGGAGCAGCUGGACGAGGACGCAGACGUGGACACGGCCAUGGCUGCCCUUGAUGACCAGCCUGCCGAGGCCCAGCCACCGUCACCACCGUCCAUCAGCCCCUGCCGGACCCCAGAGCCGGACAAUGAUGCCCACCUACGCAGCUCCUCUCGCCCCUGCAGCCCUGUCCACCACCGCGAGGGCCACGCCAAGCUGUCCAGCAGCCCUCCUCGUGCGAGCCCUGUGAGGAUGGGGCCGUCUUACGUGCUCAAGAAAGCCCAGGCCCUGAGCACGGCUGCACCCUGCCACACACCAAGUGACUUGCUGUGCAGCAGUGAGGUCCUCUGUGGCCGCCCAGGGGAGGGGCACCAAGACCCUGGCCCCUUCACAGGGAGAGGUGCCAUCACUAGCUCGAGGACAUGGUGGGGUCGCUCCAGAUUAGUGCACCUCCUUGCUAAGCUGGCCCGCUGGGCCUGUGGGGCCUCCGGCUUGAGCAGGCGAUGCCAAAGCCCCCCCAUCCUGUCUGGCCCCGCUCUGGUAGCCCUCACCGCUUUCUGUCUCUGUAGAUUUGUGGUGUCCUGUACCCCAAGCUGGUUUUGGGGGCCUGUGGUCACUCUGGAAGACUGUCUUGCGGCCUUUUUUGCAGCUGAUGAGCUGAAGGGUGACAACAUGUACAGCUGCGAGCGGUGUAAGAAGCUGCGGAACGGCGUGAAGUACUGUAAAGUCCUCCGGUUGCCCGAGAUCCUGUGCAUCCACCUGAAGCGCUUCCGGCACGAGGUGAUGUACUCCUUCAAGAUCAGCAGCCACGUCUCCUUCCCCCUGGAGGGCCUCGACCUGCGUCCCUUCCUGGCGAAGGAAUGCACGUCCCAGAUCACCACCUACGACCUCCUCUCGGUCAUCUGCCACCAUGGCACGGCAGGCAGUGGGCACUACAUCGCCUACUGCCAGAACGUGAUCAAUGGGCAGUGGUAUGAGUUUGAUGACCAGUACGUCACUGAGGUGCAUGAGACGGUGGUGCAGCAUGCCGAGGCCUACGUUCUCUUCUACAGGAAGAGCAGCGAGGAGGCCGUGCGGGAGCGGCAGCAGGUGGUGUCCCUGGCGGCCAUGCGGGAGCCCAGCCUGCUCCAGUUCUACGUGUCCCGAGAAUGGCUCAACAAGUUCAACACCUUCGCCGAGCCAGGGCCCAUCACCAACCAGACCUUCCUCUGCUCCCAUGGAGGCAUCCCACCCAAUAAGUACCACUACAUCGACGACCUGGUGGUCAUCCUGCCCCAGAAUGUCUGGGAGCACCUCUACAACAGGUUCGGGGGCGGCCCUGCCGUGAGCCACCUGUACGUGUGCUCCAUCUGUCAGGUGGAGAUCGAGGCCCUGGCCAAGCGCAGGCGGAUGGAGAUUGACACCUUCAUCAAGUUGAACAAGGCCUUCCAGGCUGAGGAGUCUCCGGGCGUCAUCUUGUGCAUCAGCAUGCAGUGGUUCCGGGAGUGGGAGGCCUUCGUCAAGGGGAAGGACAGCGAGCCUCCUGGGCCCAUUGACAAUAGCAGGAUCGCACAGGUCAAGGGCAGUGGCCACGUCCAGUUAAAGCAGGGGGCUGACUAUGGGCAGAUUUCUGAGGAGACCUGGACAUACCUGCACCACCUGUAUGGGGGUGGCCCUGAGAUUGCCAUCCGGCAGAGCGUGGUCCAGCUGCAGGACCCCGAGACCUUGCAUGGGGAACAAAAGAUCGAAGCCGAGACGCGGGCCGUGUGACUUGGUGGCCAGGCCGUAAGUCCUGGCGGCCGGCCCCUCCCCUCUAAAACCCUCCCUGAGUCUCUUGGAGGGGUCCCGCCCUGCUGAGCUGGCUGUUCCCACAGGCCACAGGCCCUCCUCGCGGGAACAUGUGCCCACAGAGGCCGCCUGGUGGCCACCAGCUGCGUGUGGCAGUGUCGGUGGCUCACAGCUCUAGUGCUGCCCCUAGGAAUACACCCACUCCGCUGUCUCAGUG